AAUCAAAGAUUUAACAAUCACUUCAUUCCUUCCUUGUUCAAUCAAAUUCAGAGGGAGAACAAUCAAGAACAAAACCAUUUUACUUGGUUUGUUCUCCCACAUUUUUGUAACAUUAGUAUUAAUAAUUAAUCAUUAAACAUGGGAAACUGUGCUAGCAACCCCAAGACCAACGAAGGUGAUGAUGCUCCAGUUCCUGUCCCAGUCCCUGAGCCCGUCACUGAGGAGGCUAAGGUUGAACAGCCAGCUGAGACCGCCACAGAAAAGACCCCUGAAGAAUCCUCUGAUGACAAGUCUCUAGGCACCUUGCUCAUUGAGAAUGGAGAAAAGACUAAAGAGAGUGAGAUCAAGGAAGAAGCCGCAAGUGAGGAGGUGAAGGCCGAAGCCGAGGCAAAGCCUGAAACCACCGAAGUGAGCCCAAAAACCGAGGCCUAGAACUAGGAAGGCUUUGUUUGUUUAAACUGGGCUUUCAAUGUGAUAUUUCAAAUAUAUAAAUUUAUUAUUACAUCUUUCUUUUCCAUUUUCAACACAAUUCAUUUAAUUAUUAUGGAAAUUGAUUGAUUAUUUGAUUUA